AUGUUCAGUCGCGGUGUCACGGUCCUCUCGGAGAACGUGUUCCCUGAUUUGUAUGAAUCCGGAAUUCCCGACCUUCAGAAGGGUCUUGAGCUGGGGCACUUUAUGAGCGCUGAUCUCGUUAAGGCUUAUCUUGCAAGGAUUGAUGAGGUCAAUCUAAAGGGCGCAGCUCUCCAUGCAGUCAUCGAGACGAACCCGAAUGCUUUAUCUCAGGCUGCAAAACUUGAUGACGAGCGCAAGUCUAAAGGAAGCAGAGGCUCACUGCACGGCAUCCCUUUGUUACUGAAAGACAACAUGGCUACACUGCAUGAAGAAGGGAUGAAUACUACCGCUGGCUCCUAUGCUCUCCUGGGUUCCGUCGUUCCGAGGGAUGCAUUCGUCGCUGCUAAGCUCCGCGAAGCCGGCGCCAUCCUUCUUGGAAAAGCAAACCUCUCUGAAUGGGCAAACUAUCGCGGAGAUGUUCCAAACGGUUUCUCAGGUCGUGGAGGUCAGACUCUUUGUCCCUAUUACCCGAACGGGGAUGCAUCUGGAUCGAGCUCUGGGAGUGGGGUUGCGAUGGCCAUCGGUCUUGCUGCUGGUUCUCUGGGCUCGGAAACGGAUGGUUCUAUUGUUUCGCCAAGCAGCAAGAACAAUGUGGUAGGCAUUAAGCCCACUGUAGGGUUGGUUUCUCGAGCUGGAGUUAUACCUAUCUCAUCGCAUCAAGAUACAGCUGGACCUAUGUGUAGGUCAGUUACAGAUGCGGCCCUUCUGCUCUCCGUUAUAGCAGGACCAGAUCCUCGAGACAUGGCCACGUUGUACCAACCUGGUGUUCUCCCUGACUACAUGAAAGCGCUCGAUCUGAACGCUUUGAAAGGUAAGCGACUGGGAGUGCCGCGGAUAUUCCUGGGCGACGAUAAAGCAAUUCUGGAAGCUUUCAACGCUUCUUUAGACACCUUUCGGGCUCUUGGCGCGGAGAUCGUAGAUCCGGCUGAUUUCCCCUGUGCCGAGGAGAUGAAGGAGUCACAAGCAGAAACACUCGUGCUGGAGACAGACUUCAAGGCUGAUUUGAACGAGUAUAUUUCGGGGUUACUUGAAGUUCCUACUGGCGUAAAGAAGCUCGCAGAUUUGAUCGAAUUCAACAAUUCCCACGCAGACUUAGAGCUUAUACCACCAUACCAUGACGAUCAAUCUAGGCUUAUUGCUGCCGAAGCGACGGAAAAGAAUGAUGCGUAUUAUGCAGCUUUAGCUGAAGAUUUCGAUUUAGGCCGGAGACGAGGCAUUGAUGCAACUCUCCAAAAAUUCAAAUUGGACGCAAUCAUUCUUCCUACUGAUGGGACUGCCUCGACACCUGCAGCGAUUUCCGGAUACCCUAUAAUCUCAGUUCCGCUGGGCUUCCAGCCAGAUAAUGUUGAGGUAUUGCCAGUUCCCGCUGCACCACUGCACACACAAGCUCCAGGCCUUCCAUUUGGGAUAGCCUUCAUAGGCACCGCAUACAGCGAAUUCAAUCUUAUUGGCUUCGCUUAUGCGUUUGAACAGGCUACGCAGGUCCGUUUGAAGAGAAGGGCCUAUGCUGAAGCAAUUCCUGCGACGCAGAUUAAGGACGUGCUUUCUAUUUGA